UAAAAUUUGCCCAUACAAAAUUCCCACUGUGAUUAUAGAAACUUUGAUUGUGUAAACCAGGCCUUUUGAUACUUGCAAUUUUGAUACUUCCAUUGUACCAAUGCAAUGUAUUUUCAUUGUUUUGAAAUUCUAACUGUUCUCCAUUCCCGGUCCAGUCACCCGUUUUUUGUUGGCAUAUUUUUAGCAUUGAUACAACAUUCAAUGAUGUCUAGUCCUGUUCAGUUACCAUUGUUUAUGUUCACGGCAAAAUGAAUGAGAACAAAAGCAGGCACUAUUCAAUUAUCUCCACGAGUUCACUCGUGGGCAUAAUUCAAUGUUCAAGCUUAGUUACCUUUGUUCGUCUUGCAUGUUGUAAAUUGGAUCAAUAGUGAUUGCCCAAUCCAUAUAUCCGAUUCUAAUUUUGAUCAUUAGUGUCCGGACCCACACAGACUGACCUCUUAAAAAAAUUGCAAUUUGUUGACAAGCCCUUGUGAACUUGAGUGACCACCUUUCUAGAAUGUUGACAAGAAAGAGACAGUAUAAAGAGGUGGCAAAUCUCCUGCAAGGAGUUCUCAAUGUCCUCGAACAUUUCAAGAAGUAUUUUGGCAUUCCGCAGAUUUCAGAGCUUGCUGAUAGGUAAGUAAGUGGGCUGUGCUGAUCGUCCUUACUAGGCGAGCUUGUUGCCUUGUUCGCGCGAAGCGACUUUUUCCUCUGUCUGUAGUAGUGGAAACGUAUCAGACUACGGGACCAUUGGUCCCAGAAAAUGUUUUGAGUUCCCAGAAAAUAUUCCCCCCCCCAAAAAAAAAAAAAGAAAACAGAGAUAAUUGUAAUAAUUUAGAUAAAAGCAGAAAUUCAGAAAGAUAUAAAGAAUACCAAUAGAAAGAAUGUUAUCUGUACUGUAGGUAUGACCUCAGAAAUACAAUUAGAACUACAAUACUACAUCCAUCUUAGUGUGAUAGAGUGUAUAAAUGCAUAGACUAUAGAAUGAUGUAACAAAUGUUGUACGGCAAAUGCAUUUUUAGGCAAUCUGGGACACCUGAAUUUCAAAGUCUUUUGGAGGAGCAUGGGUCCCCUGAUAGUGCCCCCCCCCCUUAGCAGUGCCCUUUCUUAACCCCCCGAUCACACCCUUGAUGUUAGCGGCUAAUCCCAACCCACCCUGUCAACAUUCCUGGUGGAAGGAAAUGCAACUCGUUUUCCAACUCAUUUUCAGGGUGAAAACUAUUCAAAAUGAGCUUGGUACUCAAGUUCUAACGGAUUUUGAAGAAGCAUUGUCCAUUCGUGGUGUCAAGGUAUACUUAUGUGAUACUAUUUACUGUAACACUAAAUAGCUGGUGUAAUCUUGCACCUCUAUCAAGGGGUAACUGCGACAAGCCAAAUAUAUUCAGUAGUUCCCGCAAUUUCUCUGCGCAGGAGACAGAGAGGGGUUUCUGGGUUUAAACUAUCUAUGAUGUAUCUUUUUCUAGCCUCCUGCUGGACCGAACUCUCUCUUGUCAGAAGCUUGUCAGGUUGUGUGCGUGUUAGACAGUAAAGUCAGGUAUGAUUAUAUUUGGGGGGCAUCCAUUUAGUACGUGCCCAUGGGAGGAGGGGAGGGGAAGGGAGGGUUAAGUCGAUAAUAAUAAGAAUUUGUUAAUAAGAAUUUGUUUUCAAAAAUCGCCGAUGAUUUAUGAUCUGCUUCCCUUUAAUACCACUCGUCCAUCAACCACGCUCAGAAAUACAAAACCUAUGUUUAUCCCUUUAUGCAAAGCAGACAUAUUCAGAAAUACCUUCAUAGUUAAUCUGAUCGUAUGUUGGCCUUGUCUAGUGCACGUGUUUUUAAACCUCUUUGACGCACAGUUGAUGCUUUACUUAAGUUUACUUUAUUUUUUAGCCCCCCCUCCCAAAAAAAAUAAUUUUACUUACGUCAGAAAGAAUGGUUUAACCCCUCCCCUUCGUACGCAAAUGUAUGCAUAAAUUAUAGAGAUAGAUAGAUCGUUUCAUUACUAAUAAACCCAUUUGCAGUAGAGACUGAAUCACUGAGGACUAUGUACAUAAGGAUAAUUUACUAGGUAUCAUAAAUAUCUUAAAUUAGUUACAAACAUUUGGUAAAAAACUAAAUACAUCUUUAUAAUAAAUACAUCUUUAUAAUACAAACUUUAAAAUUUUAUAAUACAAAUUUAAAAUACAACUGGAUAAUUCUAAUUGUUCGCCAAACACGCUCGUGUAUUGUUUGGGGCCCCGAAUAAGGCCACGCUUAUUUUUUUGUUGGAUUACGGAUGUUACUUACCAAUAUUAAAGGGAAGGAAGGCAAAAUUAAGAAAAAAAACAAUGUAUAAUAUCUUCCACAGACAAAGUGUACACGCGUAAAAACGCACAAGUUGUUACAGGUCUGCAAACAAGUUGUUGCAAAUCUGUUCACGAGCUGUCGACAAGUUGUGUUCGCACUGCUUGUUCCCAGUUGUUGGGACGAGCAGUUAACAUUAAGCAGUUAACAACUUGUAGCAAGCUUGAUGCCAUUGUUAAACUUGUUACAAGGUUGUUCUAACAGGUUUGAUACAGUCAUAAUAUAACAAGAAUGUUACAAGGUUGACGAGGCAAGGUUACAAUAUUGUUAUCUCAUGACUGUAUUGGACUUGUUGGAACAACCUUGCAACAAGUCUGAUAAUAUCAACAAGGUUGUUACAAGUUGCUAACAGCUUGUUCCAAACUUGUUGAUAACUUGGGUCAAGCAUUGCAAACACAACUUGUUCACGGCUUGUUGGCACACUUGAUGUGAGAAGAUGUGAGAUUUUUACGCGUGUAGAUGAUCAAGGGGAAGUAAACAUCGCCUCCUUGGGCCUGCCAACCCCGUAAAAACGCACAAGUUGUAACAAACCUGCAGCAGAUUUGUAGCAAUGCUGUUCCAACAACAUGUCAACAGGAUGUGUUCGCACUGCUUGUUGACAAGUUUUGAACGACUUGUUGACAACUUGUUACAAGGUUGUUGAGCUCAACAGACUUGUUACAAGUUGUUCCAACAACUUGUGAUCGUCCUGCACUUUAACAAUUUGUCAACAAGUUGUGAGUGACAACCUUGUAGCAAUUUGAUAAAAUAACAGCAUUGUUACAACACGUAUUUCCAGGGAAGAUUUAAUCAAAUGGUUUGUCAAUCUGCAAUUGGAGGAGUAUGUUCAAUUAUUCAGCGAUACACAAGAGGUUUGUUUUGCAAAUAUUUUACAAUUGUAUUUCAGAACUAUCCUCAGAGAUGUGAAAAACUAGUCUCGCAUAAUUUAUUUCUGACUAGGUUGGUUGGCUGGACAAAAUAGACAGACGGUAUUCGUGGCUGAAGAGAGCUUUAGUUAAAUUUGAAGAAGAUUUUAAAGAAACUUUUCCUCUCGAAUGGCAUGUCGAGGAGAAGAUUUGUGAAGAAUUUUGUCAUAUUACAAAGUAAGAAUAAGUUGAGGGUGGGAGGGUGAAGGGUUGAGCCCCCUUGUUAUCAUAAUAUCACUCUCCCCCCUCUCUUUGAGAGUCCCCCUUGUUGGCAUUCCAGAACUACACCACUGUUUCAAACUUUACAAAACGACGCAAACAACAACUUAAAAUAUCGUCAAGAGACCUGACUCUUUUACACUUGACACAAAUAACUUUCCAAGACAAUGCACCCUUCUGGAAAGUAUCUCACUUUCUGAGGCUAUAGAGCCUCGUUUUCAUGUAUGUGACAUAAGUCCCAACGUCUAAAUCAUGAAAACGAGCCUCUCUAGCCAAGAUGACAUACGUUCUGGAAUGGUGUAUCAUAAUUCAGAUUUGAAAGGAUUAUCACCAAUUUAAUAAGAACUAAAAGUACUAUGAUGUUUGUGAUGUUACUCUGAGUGUGCAUCCACACUGGGCAAGCUGAAAAGAUUGCCUGACCACGGUGGGAAUCGAAUCCGCGACCUUUGGGAUACUAGUCCAAUGCUCUACCAACACACACAAAAAAGUACUGUCAAUGUCUGCUUUUGACAGGCAAUGUGUCUGUGAACGAAAAUCACCACUUUAAAUAUUCCAGGGUUUUUUUAUAUUUGGAAUGUUACAUUCCUUCGUGUGGCUUGGCUAUCUUUCUAGAAAUGACUUGGGUAAAACGAUGUCUUCAAGAACCAGUGACAUUGACGUGAAACUUCUACUUUUCGCCAUCCAGAGGACAACCACGUUUGAAGGAUUUCUCGCAAAACGUUUUGCAGGCAGUCUGUAUGAGACCAACCAGGUAUGGCACUAUAACGUCUUUUCAAUUUGAAGUUAGAUAGUUACUAAUAUUUUUUCGAUAUUUAUCUAUUUUAUAACAGGAAUCCCGUGAAGCCGAGAAAAACAAGGCAAGUGAUUCCUAGCUCGUAGCAUUCUUGAUAGUACUCAGACGUUUAGCUUGAAUGAAAAAUAAAAUAACGUGGCCCAAUAAAUUCACAGAUCCAUUUUGAUUUUCUUGGGGGAGGGGUGCUCCCGAAUGAGAGAAAUGAUAUCAGACAUUUGGCAUGGGAAUGGGUGGCAAUGAGGUCUUAGGGAGUGUUAAUUUUUUUUGGGUUUUUUUUUUGGGAGAGGGGCGGUGAAAUCAUAGGGGGGGGAGUUUGGUGUUUGUUUUUGGGGGGAAGGGGGUCACCAGAGUUUGAGGAGUAAUCAGGAGGGGGGCGUCAUGAAAAUUUUAGUUCUGGCAAUGUUUUGACCUCUUUAAAAUAUGUUAUUAUAGAACAUGAAAAUUUUGAAUUACUACAUGGCUACAAGUUUAAUUACAGGAGCUUUUGGCCUUUUGCACUAUUACUAACGUUAUAAAAUAAAGACACCUCCCCAACCAUAAAUAAUGAACACUCCCUUAUGUCCAUUUGACGACUGUAAAGCCCUUUGCACUGACGCAUUUUAAAAUAUCUCUCCACAGAUUGCUGCUGCGAAAGAAUCUCGUUUUCUUGGUUUAAUAUCAAGAUGUUUCGAGCCUCAUUUACAUGUUUAUAUCCAGUCCCAAGACAAGUAAGUAUCAUCUCAUUUCUCGAACAAGUUGUUAUCACCUUGUUACAAGGUUGAUGACGGUAACAGACUUGUUACAAGUUGUUCCAGCAAGACUAAUACACGCUGUUGCAGGCUUUUAGCCAGGGUCCUAAAAGAGGGCGUCCAAUUUUGACAUAACUAUAGAUCUACUGUAAAGAGGGGUGGGGUUAGAGAAAACGUUCCUCUGGAAAACCUUUGAAGUUUAUGUUACUUCAUGUUAGUAUCUUUCCAACCUCGUUUGAAAUUUUCAAACACACUUGGCUUUGUGAGUUUGUGCCACUAUUGCUUCUUUACUUAACACGACAUUUUCAUUCAGCCAGGUACACCAUCAAAUUGAUCAAAAUGUCAAAUGUAUAAUAAUAAUGAGAAUUGAAGCUAUUUCGUUUCGGAUAUGUUAAUAUACUUAGGGAAUCAUUGAAAAUAAUUUCCCUUUCCCCCCAUAAUUUGGGCGUCCACUUUUUGUUCUAGGGGCGUCCCAGGACGCCUGGACGCCCUUCUGGCUAAAAGCCUGGGCUGUUGGUAACAAGUUGCUACGAGCUUGUUGUUAACUUGUUAACAACUUGUUACAUACAGACGAUAUCAGACUUGAACAACUUGUUGAAAGUCUGUUGGCCUCAUCAACAUUGUUAUAAGACGAUAACAACUUGUUCCAAACUUGUCAACAACUGGGAACAAGCAGUGCGAACACAACGUUUAUGAAAAAAAUGUUUAUGAAAUCAUAGUUGCCCGUUUGAUAAUUUAUUAACACAACUCUGUUCUUCUACAGAAACCUGAGCGAACUUCUCGAGCGUUUCGUCACAGACUUCAAAUCUCUUGGAAUUCCUCAAGUCGAAGGCGAUGGCAGCAACGUGAUUUUGCCAAGUGCUGGAGAACUGUUUGUAUUUUAUAAGAAAUGUUUGGUUCAGUGUUCGCAGCUCAGCACCGGACCACCCCUCUUGUCACUCGCUUCAACGUUUCAGAAAUAUCUCAAGGAUUACGCCACCAGAGUGUUGUCUGCGAACAUGCCCAAGUAAGAAUUUAUUAUCCCCGCAGGGAGGUUAUGUUUUCAUUCACGUUUGUAAGUGUGUGUGUGUGUGUGUGUUUGUCUGUUUGUCAAACAUUGGUUAGGGACCGGUCAUUAUUUAUGGUGGGAGGUGGCACCGAAGAGAAAUGUUUUUCGUGGGAAAAACUUUGCUGACCCAACCAUUAAAAAGUCAAAAUAUUUGAUUACCCAACCUCAAAUAUCAAUUAAAAAAUAAAUACCCAUUCAGUUGUCACACAUGUUCUUUACCACUCCUGUGACAUGAGUUUGAUAACGGCUUGUGAAAGUUUCUGCAGUCUAAAGUUUCAUAUUGUUUGCAAAUGUAGCUUCUUUGGGGACACCAUUUGUCUCCCAACAAUUCAACAAAUCGGAAAAUGGUCAAGAUAGUGGCUCUGAUCACAGUUUAUGGAAAUUCUCUGAUUGAUUCACAUAUUGUACUUACAUAUGACUGUUCACAUUGCUUUUCACUCUCCAAUAUUUCAGUGAGUCAUGCUUUGGAAAUGACAUAUUUUUUUAUUACCCAACCUUGGGUUGUUUUGUCAGUUUCAUUUACCCAACCUUUUACUUACUCAAAAUUUUGUUUAUCCCUCCCUUUUCUCUUCGGUGCCACCCCCCGCCAUAAAUAAUGACCACUCCCUUGUAGCAAAUCUGCCAACAAGCCGUCAACAAGUUGUGUUCGCACUGCUUGUCCCAAGUUGUCAACAAGUUUGGAACAAGCAGUUAACAACUUGUAACAAGCUUGUUGAUAUUGUCUGACUUGUUGCAAGGUUGUUCCAACACGUCCAAUACAUUCAUGAUAUAACAAUAUUGUUCCAACCUUGUGUCGUCAACCUUGUAACAUUCUUGUUAUAUCAUGACUGUAUCAGACUUGUUAGAACAACCGUAACAAGUCUGAUAAUGCCAUCAAGCUUGUUACAACUAGUUGUUAACAACUUGUUCCAAACUUGUUACAACAACUGGGAACAAGCAGUGCGAACACAACUUGUCGACAGCUUGUGAACAGAUUUGUAACAACUUGUUUGCAGACCUGUAACAACUUGUGCUUUUUUACGCGUGUACUCGACGAGAUACAUGGCAUGUAUCGAAAGCCACGUGACCACAAAUCAGCCAAUCACAUGUGGUGUUCACCCUAGCUAUAUAACAACUUAUCGUUAUUUCUCUGUCAGAACAGUAACUCAGUCUGGAGGUCUGGCAAGCAUUCUCAAAGAUAACGAGAUCAAAUUCAGCAAGGAAGAUCAAACAUUGGCCUGCUGUAUCCUCUGCACAGCGGAUUAUUGCUUGGAGACAACACAACAGGUAUCCGCGCUAUUCUUGGGUUUCAUAUGACAUCACAAAAGUGACGCGGGGUCAACUCUAAAACAAAACACAGUUAUCAGAUUGAGUCGAUUGUUCGUUUUAUGUAUUAGCCUUGUGUUUGGUGGCAAAUACGUGGAAUUUCGUAUCAUUUUCUCACUCCAGUAGAGCAUAAGCAUCAAUACAUUUGAGGUUGACCCCCCGUCAGAUUCACUGCAUAAUGCCGUAGUGAAACCCAAGAAUUCCAGUGGCGAAGCUAAUCUUAACAACAGGUCAUGCUAUGAAGAUUUUUAAUGAUUUGCAUUCUUCAAAGCUUUAGCAAUGUAUUGUCUUUAACCUAUUUAGAUGCAGAUUUAUUAGCAUAGCAUGCCUAGCUUCGCUACUGCCGGCUACUCACUGAACUACACACGUAAAAACGCACAAGUUGUAACAAACCUGCAGCAGACUUGUAGCAAUGCUGUUCCAACAACUUGUCAACAGGAUGUGUUCGCACUGCUUGUCCCCAGCUUGUUGACAAGUUGUCACAAGGUUGUUGAGCUCAACAGACUUGUUACAAAUUGUUCCAACAACUUUUUAUCGUCCUGCAAUUCAACAAUUUGUCAACAAGUUGUGAGUGACUUGUAACCUUGUAGCAACUUGAUAAAAUAACAGCAUUGCUACAACUUGUUGACAAGCUUGCUACAAGCCUGUUGCGAACACAUCCCGUUGACAAGUUGUGAGAUUUUUACGUCUGUAGAUAAAGGCUAUUGCCCUGGUCAAACGAGGAUGCGAGUUGAUAAGAGUUGACAAGUGAGGGUUUGCAUGACACUCAAACAGGGCGUGGGUAGCGCGAUCGUUGAGCAAGCGCCUUUCACUUCUGAGAUCGUCGAGCUGCGGACUCAUAUAACACUUAAGGUAAUUCCGCAGUUUUGCAUUGCGCACUUUUACUGCGCACAUCUUAUAACUUAUAAUUUCAUCCAUUAUACGUACCGUUUAAAAAAUAUCAUUUUAUGACAAUUUUAUGUUACUUCAAAACAUCUUUGGUUACAGUCGUGCAAAGAAUUACAUUAAAAUCAAUGUUUUCAAAAAAGGCAUACAAAAGUGUAGCUAGGGUUCCUGUGUCUGUAGUAUAUUUAUUUACUUGUACUUCACGUUUUAAUGCCACACUAUGAUUCCCUAAAAAGAUCGGUGACCCCCGUUUUUUAACUGAUAAUUUAUCUCUUUAAUGCAUUUUACAUUUCAUAUCCGAAAUUAAAAGAAAAAUCAUUUCUGCAUCUUGAAAAAAAAAUGCUUUAUCAAUGCAUGUUCUCAAAGAAAAGAUAUGUAAAGAAAUGUGCAAAAGACAUGUGUGGAUCAGAAUUGUACACGUUAGUAGUUUCAUUUUGCUCAAAACACAAUAUUUUUUCAAAAAUAAUUACAAGAUAGGUUCACUAAAGCAAAAUCCGCGCUAAAAACGUCAAUAAAUAUCGGGCUGUUGUGAGUUUGCUGUCACUCGUAAUGAGCGUCAAGAUGGCGCCAUAUUGGGGUAAAGGUGGUAUAUUGUGAUUGUCAUAUCUUCUUAACGAGUUCGGUGACCCCGACUUUUUUGUGUGAUUUUAUUUUAAGUAUAUCAUAAACUCCAUGCCUGGGAAGUUUCAGCACAUUCUCAUUUCAGGAGCAAUUACUGCGGAAUUACCUUAAGUGAAAAGAGUCAGUCAACGCUCUACCGAAAGUCGUGGAUUUUCUCCGGGUGCUCCGAUUUCCUCCCACAGGGAAUGUUGACAGGGUGGGCUGGGAUAUAAGCUCCAAACUGAUCCUUCCACCGUAGCCAUGCUCUAUGAUCAGACAUGAGUCAUAAAGUGGCUGCCGUAGGCGCUCUUAGAAAGCUCUCAAGUCUGUUGUGACCAUUGAACUAUAAAUAAACUGGAAGGCUAACUCAGGGGGGGAAAUUGAAGCCAGUGCAUUUUAGUUUUUCUGAGUUAUGAGCAGAAAUACUCAACACUGAACGUUGGGCUAUAUAUCAAAUUGAAGCUAUUGAAAAACGCUAUUUGGUGUAGAAAUUUCAAGACUUUAGCUAAAAGGGAAAUAUUGAAAAACUACAAACAUAAUUACCGAUAAUCUUGCCGUUUUGCAGUUGUUUUUGUAUUUUUUAAAUAUUUUUCUUUUCGCUGAAGUCUUGAAAUUUCCACACCGAAUAGCAAUUUUCAAUAGCUUCAAUUUGAUAUAUAGUCCGACGUUUGGGGUCAAGUAUUUCUGCUCAUAACUCAGAAAAACUAUUUUGGCUUCAUCAAAUCAUAGGCCUUCAUCAUAGCAGUUAGCCUUCCAGUUUAUUUAUAGUUCAAUGGUUGUGACUGGUGAAAGGCUUGGUUCAGUAAACGACGCUUUCUUUCAUCUCAUUUUCCCUCGAAGUUCAAAAUUAUGUUUUGCUUUGUAAAUCAAAUAAUAAACACGAAAUGUUUGUCAAGUCGAAGUUUUGAAAUCUCUUUCGUAUACUCGUAGCUUGAAGAGAAAUUAAAAGAGAAAAUUGAUGUGGAACUGUCGGAGAAAAUCGACCUUGUGAACGAACAAGACGUGUUUCAUUCGUAAGUAUUCGAGAGCAAUUGUUGCGAUUGAGACCUUAGGGAACCAUGGAACGACGGCGACGACGCUCUAUCGUAUAAGGGGUUAACCCCAAAUUCAAAACUUAGUUGAAUUAAUAAUUCAGGAGUCACAGGCUAAAUGCAAAAAUCAUGUGAAAGCAGUCGAGUUAUUAUUCUAAAUCUAGAGUUAUUGGAUAACAACUCCAGAAGACGUGUGCAGCUAACUAUCUUGGUUUAGUAUAAUUCCAGUGUUGAAAAAUGGCCUUUGAGCAUUCUGAUUGGCUCCUUCAGCAUGCAGUAACUCUGAGGCAAUAGUUACUACUCAGAUUGCUCUGAGCAGUACCUAUUGCUUUUCACAAAACAUUGGCUGAAAAUCAGUGUUUAUGCAAAUUAUAUUCAUAAAAUAAACACGUGUAUUAGUUGUAUUUAUAAAUAAAACUUUUUCAAUACUGAAAUUAUGCUAAAACAAUUAGUCGCCUCACGCUCGGUGAUUACAAGCUUAUAUUCACUGAGAGGAGAAGCAUAGUGUCACAACUAACUAACAACUCCAAACAUCACGUGGAGUAUGCGUGGAGCUAAUUGUCCAAGCCUGGAGUUUGUGGAUGCUCCAGCAUAGACUCGUGGAACCUACAGGCAUAGAAGGAGAUUGUGCAGUCUAUACUUACCAGUUAUUCCACGAUGUUUUAGAGUGAUAUCAAAUUCCAUUCAACUGCUUGUCCAAGACACUGAAAAUGCUUGUGAUGCCCCGCUUAUAGCUAUGGUCAAAGUAAGUGGAUAUAGUUGCUACUCUGGUCAAUCAUCUACACGCCAUCAGAGCAAGCCCCUUCCACGUCUUACAUCAUAGGUUCGAUUCUCGCUGUGGAUUCUCACUCAUGGUGCUUGGGUGAAAAGAGUAAAAGUCAACGCUCUACCGAAAGUCGUGGGUUUUCUCCGGGUACUCCGAUUUCCUUCCACAGGGAAUGUUGACAGGUGGGUUGGGAUUAGCCCCCUAACUGACUCUUCCACCGUAGCUGUACUCCGUGAUCAGACAUGCGAAAAUUUUUACUCGUUGUAAACACCUUGCGUAGCUCAUCUCCAAGUGAUCUGCGCAAGUUGUUUUGUUUCUCAGGGGCAUUGCACGAUGUAUAUACUCGCUCCUCUGUUACUGAUCUCAUAAUACCAUCUGUCAAAUCUAAUCUUUCCAAGACCAAACUCACAGUGGAGUUUUACUUUUCAAUUCUUUACCAAAUAACCUGAAGGCGUUUAAUGAUUACUUCCCUUCUGCGUAUAAACAUAAACUCAAGAGGUUUUUCUCUAAUCUUAAUUAUGAGGUUGACCAUCUUGAACAAUUUUACUGUAUUUCUUGCAAAAACCUAGUUAAGUGCAUUUUAUUAUUAUUAUUGUCUUUAUUAGGGUCCACUAAAGUAUAUGUACAAAGUCUAAUUAUAUAGUCAAUUAUUCGGAGACCCUAAAUGGGCGAGGCGCAAACGGGACUCGAAGAACCAUGGAAGGCACCUGCCCAAACUUAGUAAAAGUUUACUGUUCUUAUUGAAAAUCUAUACUGUUCUAAUGAACCUCGGAGGUGCAUACGCCUCAUAAAAAUCGAGGGUUAGUAAAUCCCUCAGUUGCUUCCCCCAUUUGUUACUCUCACUGAAUUUGUUACUCUCACUGAACACAUAUUGUCAAAAAUUGAAAAAAAAACAUGUAUGCUUAAUAAUAUAGUUCUGUAUUUGGUGCUAUAGUCCCAUGUGCUGUGUCUAAUACAACUAGUUUAGCUUCUUUGUAUAUAUUGCAAAUAGCUCAUCUAAAUUUCAUUUGGUAGAAUACCUUUUCAGGCAAAAAUGUAUAUUUACCCUCACCAAAAUAAAGUUUAUUAUUAUUAUUACAUGAGUCAUAGUGGUUGCCAGAGGCGUCCUUAGAAAGCCUUCGACUCGAUCAGGUUCAGCUGUGUCCUUCGCAAUUCAGUUUAGCUCUCAGCUGCAAGUAAGGAUGAUUAACACACCCCGCUUACACCAUUUAAUUACGUUUUGCUUGUGUAGGUUCAUUGGCAGAGUAUUGAGGCAGUUGGAGAUCAAAGUGCUUACGUGACUGCCAUAGCAACGCAUCUUCAAAAUAUCGUUCCCGUCAUUCGUGAAUACCUCACUUCAGUGAGGAAAUAUUUUACACAGUUUUGUGUCAAGUUUGCCAAGUAAGCACAUCCUAGUAAAUUCAGGGACGUCGCGAAGGCAUCAACAUUGGGGGGAGACGGCGUCGUCUUGUUUUGACCAACUUUUCCUAUACAAUUUUGACCAACUCCUAAAAAUUCUUCAGAGAAAAUGUUGUCCACGGGAGCGGGAAGUCAUCAAAAAAACUUUCCGGAGUAACAUAAGUAAAGCUUGAAAUUUUUUACGGACUAACAUUAGCAAAGCUUAAAUGUUUUCCCGACUAAAAUUAACAAAUCUUAUAAAUUGUUAAAAUUGGGAACGAUUUCAUAACUUUUACCAACUUUUAUCUCAAACUGUGACCAAAUUUUAGCAACUUUGUUCUCAAACUUUGACAAACUUUUGCCAAGCUCGACCUGCAACUUUGACCAACUUUUAACCAAAUAUUGUUCAUUUUGACCACCUUUUACCAAGUUUUUGAAUUAUUGGGGGUGUCACCCCCUCCCCCCCGCCCCACACACACACUGGUAGCGACGUCCCUGAUUAAAUUGCUUCAUCAUUUCUGGUACAGCGAUAAUGAAGUAAUGUUAACUACAUAAACUCUAACAUGUUAAUUUUUUAUAUGUGAUAGUUCGUUUAUACCCAAGUUCAUCAGUCAGAUAUACAAAUGCAAGCCAAUCAGUACAGUUGGCGCUGAACAGGUGCGCAAAAAUAAGACCACUUUCAUAAUACACUGAUGGGUUUAAUUAAAGUGGCACUGUCAUCAAAAUUUUUAUUUUCUUAAACGAAAAUGCUCGUAAAACUGUAUAGUAACUUGUUUUGAAGAUUUUUGUUCUCAUGCUUAGUUCUUGAGAUAUUUAAUUUUGUUUGUAACCAUGUGACGUCAUUUACUCAAUUACAUAUAUAAUGAGAUAUCAGUAAUUGUUGUGUUUUUUAAACAAAUCCAUAAAAAAUAGCAAAGAUACACAAGAAUUACUGAUAUCUCAUUAUAUAUGUAAUUGAGUAGAUGACGUCACAUGGUUACAAACAAAAUGAAAUAUCUCAAGAACUAAGCAUGGGAACAAAAAUCUUCAAAACAAUUUACUAUACAGUUUUAAGAGCAUUUUCGUUUAAGAAAAUAAAAAUUUUGAUGACAGUACCACUUUAAAUAUUCUUUCAUGUACAUUUGAAUAAGCCUUAUAUUUCUUCAUUGUUCCUUCCAUAGCUGUUACUGGACACACAUUCUCUGAAGACCAUACUUGUGGACUUGCCCUUGCUUUUAUCCAACGUGCAAAGAAAAAUUCCGGCAAGGUAAGUAAUAAAGAUACUAGUGGAAUUUGGUGAUUUGUUGUAAUCCUAGCAAAGCGCAUAAACUAUUUUUUCAUGAAAAUUAUAGUUAUUCCAAAGUUGUUACAAAGGGCAUGGAGAAAGCUGAGAUGAUACUAAAAGUAAGAUAGCAAUGUUUUAUGUAUUGUAAACAUACUUGAUCGACCUUUGCAUAGGCGUAUGGGCCGGGGGGCACAGCCCCCCCCCCCCCCAAAUAUUUACGGUCGGGCAAAAAUCAAUGCGACAUUCGGGCAAAACAUAAAAAUUUCGGAAAAAUUUUGAUUGUUAGGGAAAUUUUUUUGAUAUGCCCGGCAAAAUUUUCGUAUGUUUGUAGAAAAGUAUUUGGUAUGUCCGGAAAUUUUUUUUGUUAUUUCCGGGAAAAAAUUUUUGGUGACCUCCCCCUGCCAACAAUUUUGGGAGAAAUAUUAAUGUUCAGUUUGUCUGUUAGGGCAAACUAUACUGUGCCCCCCCCCCCCGCAAACAAGAUUAGGCCCGUACGCCCAUGGACCUCUGCAUAAUAAUCCUAAACUGGCAAUAAAACGCGUUCUCACAGGUUGUAAUGUCGCCCCAUGAUCCACCGGUUGGUUUCGUCGACAACUACAUCAAGUUGGUUGGAGAUGCCGAUACUUCAAAUUUUCAAAAACUUCUGGACAUGAAGGUGAUCACGAUUUAGCUCUACGCCUAGUUUGGUUUCCUUCCACUGGAUCAAUAAAGGAUGCCCCUUAUAUUUCUAGGAAGAACAGCCUUGCUGUACUAUAGGAAGAACAGUUAGAGCUGUAACUAAUAGAGCUAUCCAGUAUAAAUAAAGGUUUCCUUUUGUGGUAACACCAAACCAAUGAAGGAAGGUCCUUGCUGGAUUUCAAUGGAGAAGAGUUUAGAACUGAUAGAGCUAUCCAGUAUAAAUAAAGUUAGUUUAGUUUAGGUUUCCUCCUGUGGUAACACUGGAUCGAUAAGAGAUGAUCCUUACUGGACCUCCAGGGAGAACAGUUUAGAAUUGAUAGUGAUAUCCAAGUAUAAAUAAAGUUAGUGUAGUUUAGGUUUCCUCCUGUAGUAACACUGGAUCAAUAAGGGAUGAUCCUUACUUGACCUCUAGGGAGAACAGUUUUAGAACUGAUAGAGCUAUCCAGUGUAAAUAAAGUUAGUUUAGGUUUCCUCCUGUAGUAACACUGGAUCAAUAAGGGAUGAUCCUUACUGGACCUCUAGGGAGAACAGUUUAGAACUGAUAGAGCUAUCCAGUGUAAAUAAAGUUAGUUUAGUUUAGGUUUCCUCCUGUAGUAGCACUGGAUCAAUAAGAGAUGAUCCUUACUGGACCUCUAGGGAGAACAGUUCAGAACUGAUAGAGCUAUCCAGUGUAAAUAAAGUUAGUUUAGUUUAGGUUUCCUCCUGUAGUAGCACUGGAUCAAUAAGAGAUGACUCAAACUGGACCUCUAGGAAGAACAGUUUUGAACUGAUAAAGCUAUCCAGUUUUAGUUUAGAACAAUAAUAACUAGGCAUUGUUAUGAAUUGGAUAGCAGCGAGUGGUCUUACGAGUUUUUAGUGUAUUUCAAAACUUGUCAAUAAAAUAGUUAAUGAUAUUUUUUAGGGUUUACGUCGAAGUGAACAGCACGCCAUGUUGGAUGUAUUUCGUUCACGGCUGCCCACACCCAGUACACCUGACGCCAAAAAAACUACGUCUGGGGCAACGCCUGAACUCGAGUCGAGCAGGAUAAAGAGACUGGAACGACUAAUUAAGAAACAAUUUUAAUGAAUGUAACUGAAGGUAACACUCCUAUCCUUUCUCGUACCCAGAGCCCUUUUUACGCGCGGUCAACGGAGCGCGACGAGUGGCUCUGAUAUGGAUUUUGCCAGAGCCCCUCGUCGCGCUCCGUUGACCACGCGUAAGAAGGGCUCUGGGUACGAGAAUGCACCAGUGGAAUGCACUCGUAUCGUGUUCGGUCUUGGAAUUUCAACAAAUAACGAUGGUUGACGGCCAGCGAAGAAAUCGUCGAAACCGAGGGAGGUAUUUACAAGAGGAAUUGCGUGGAGUUCUCACUGUAGUCAACAUUUUUUCCCAAGGGAGGGUGGGUUAGUUUAUUGGCCUCUUGAAUUGCUCCGCUUGUGAUGUACCUUUGGUUAUAGAUUCAUGUCUCGCUGUUUAAUUUUUGCAGUGGUGGAUCCAGCAAAGUUUUUUGUGUUUUUUUUUGGGGGGGUGCUAACCAAUGGCGAAACAAGAGCCGAUUUCUAGGGUGGUCCGGGGGCAUACUCCCCCGGAAAAUUUUUAAAAUUCGGGUCUCUGAAAUGGCAUUUCCAGCAUUCUGAGAAAACAUUCUGGAAAAUUUUUAAAUUCUCAGAAUAUUUAUUAUUGGCUAUUCCGCUAUUGUCAACUAGUGAUACGCAACUGAAUUCCUUAACAUAAGUUGGUUAGAAUUAGGAUAAACGUCAUUUUUGCACCCCACCCCCCCAUGCACCCCUGUUGACCAGAGCCUGGGGGGUGCGCACCUCCCCCCCCCCUAAAUCCACCACUGAAUUUUUGUAUAGCGCAAAUUUACAUGCAUAUGGAAAUGAUCAAAUGCGCUUUACAAAUCAAAUGCACAAAUUGAGCACAAAAAUGCUGCACAAAAGAACAUUUUAAAUAAUAUCAAAUAAUAUACAAUAACAUAUUAAAUACGGUAAGCAAAAGUUCAACUAUUACAGUAAUAGUUCUAGUAAUUAGCCAUUCCGAAGUUGAUGAGAGGACUGGGGACGAGUGUUAAAAAGUGCCCAAAUUAAGAAAUGAACGGAAUCACUAAAAAGACCACCUCAAAAUUAGUAAGUAUACGAAGUUUGAAAACGUUUACAUGAAUACCCUUCGAAUAAUAAGCAUUCGAAUAUUGUGAAAUUACUGAUUAUAAAAGAUUGUUUCCGGGACGUGCGUCCCCCAAAACAAAAAUUACAGCACAUUUCAUAGUAAAUAUCGCGAUUUUCGAAAGCUCAUUAUUCGAAGGGUAUUCAUGUAAACGUCUUCAUACUUUGUAUCCUUACUAAUUUUGAGGUGGUCUUUUUAGUGAUUUGGUUCAUUUCUUAAUUUGGGCACUUUUUAACACUCGUCCCCAGUCCUCUCAUCAACUUCGGAAUGGCUAAUUAUUCAACUAUGUAUAGUUCUGAACUUCUGAUAAUUGUUCAACUAUAGUUCUAGUAAUUGUUCAAUUAUAAUUCUAGUAAUUGCCCAACUAUACUUCUGAUAAUUAUUCAACUGUAGGUCUAGUAAUUAUUUAACUAUAGUUCUAGUAAUUGACAAAAAUUGUUCAACUAUAAUUCUAGUAAUUAUUCAACUAUAGUUCCUAUAGGACUAUAGCUCUUGUAACUGUUGACAUGACUGAUCUCACUAAUUCAGUUGAUUUUUCUCUAAAACCCUGACCGACUACUUGUCGAAAUCCCAAAUUGUUUCAGGUCUUUAUAUCGCCUCUCGAUCCUUCUCCGUUUAUGAUCGGUUUGCAAAGGAUCCAACUUCAAGUUCGAUAUGGUUUCUGUAAAAAAGUCGGGCAGCGGAGCUCUGAUGAUCACUGGUUUCGACUCCAGGCCAUCAAGUGUAAUCUCCUUUGCGUGAAGGUGAAGUGGAAUAAGCGCUCUCUGCCAAGCUUGAAUCUUGCGUUUUCCACUUUGUGCAUUUUCAACCCCUUUGAAUCCCAACAUUUGCAGCAUACGCAAGGGAAGCACCUGCAAAAUUAAUUCCAUUUAUUAAGGCUGGCCCAUAUUAAAGUUUCUGUGAUCACAGUAGGAUUUGUAAGAAAUGUUUGAGGGAACGAA